GACAAGGGGGCCACAGGACACUCAUUAUCUGCUUUUUUUGCUUUUAUUUGUAUUUUUUAAUUGUUUUUUAUUUUUUUAUUUUUAUUUGCUGGGUGGAAAAGAAGAAGAAGGAAAAAGAAGAAGGGUCACUUAACCCUCCAAACUUGGGGUGGACAUCUGAAGUUUUUUUUUUUUUUUGGGUGGUGGAGGUUGGGGGGUGAAGGGGGGGACCAGUCCCCUUUUGCUCCCCCCUAUUGUUUUGUGGCUGUGCCUGGCACCAAUCACACCGGCAGGAGGGAGCAGAGGAGGAGGAGCCGGCACCCACUCUACUUGCAAAGCGCUCUGACUCAGGGAAGGAGAGUAUUCACCAGAUACGUCGAAUAAGAGAAACCAAUUGGAAUAUGUUUUCCCCUCCUGUCAGCAGUGGGAAAAAUGGACCAACAUCACUGGCAAGUGGACAUUUUACGGGCCAAAAUGUAGAAGACAGAAGUAACUCAGGGUCUUGGGGGAACAAUGCGCAUCCGAGCCCGUCCAAAAAGCUGUCAUGCAGUGUGCAGGCCAGUGUGCAUAGCCAUCCACCACGGAGGUGGCUGCAUAAUUAUGGGGAAGGAACCCAUUAUGAACAUAUGACAAGCAGGGAUCUGAGUUCCCACUCUCACGACAAUCUUUCUCCGCCAUUCGUCAACUCAAGAAUACAAAGUAAAGCAGAAAGAGGUUCCUUUGGGUGCUAUGGGAGAGAUUCGGAUUUACAGGGCUGCCAGCAGCAAAGCCUUCUUGGAGGUGACAUGGACAUGGGGAAUUCAGGGACACUGUCACCCACAAAACCUGGCUCUCAGUACUAUCCGUAUUCUAGCAAUAACCCCCGGAGGAGACCUUUUCACGGCAGCUCCAUGGCAGAGGUGCAAGCAAAGAAAGUUCGAAAAGUUCCCCCUGGGUUACCGUCCUCAGUUUAUGCCCCUUCAGCAAGCACUGCCGACUACAAUAGAGAUUCACCCGGUUAUCCAUCCUCGAAACCAGCCGCCAGCACUUUUCCUAGCUCAUUCUUCAUGCAAGAUGGUCACCACAGCAGUGAUCCAUGGAGUUCAUCCAGUGGAAUGAACCAAGGUGGUUACGGGGGAAUGCUAGGAAACUCUUCUCAUAUGCCACAGUCAAGCAGCUAUUGCAACCUGCAUCCACAUGACCGAUUGAGCUACCCAACCCAUUCCUCCACAGACAUCAACUCCAGUCUUCCACCAAUGUCCAGCUUUCAUCGUAAUGCUACAAAUCACUACAGUACCUCGUCAUGUACGCCUCCUGCCAACGGAACAGAGAGCAUUAUGACAAAUCGAGGAAGCGGUACCGCUGGGAGCUCGCAGACCGGUGACGCACUGGGGAAAGCGCUUGCAUCUAUUUAUUCUCCGGAUCACACCAACAACAGCUUCUCAUCUAAUCCUUCAACUCCGGUUGGAUCACCUCCUUCUUUGUCAGCAGGCACAGCUGUUUGGUCAAGAAAUGGAGGACAAACACCAUCAUCUCCCAACUAUGAAGGGCCUUUACAUUCUCUACAAAGUCGAAUUGAGGACAGAUUAGAAAGACUGGAUGAUGCAAUUCAUGUUCUGCGAAACCAUGCAGUGGGGCCUUCAACAGCGAUGCCAGGAAGCCACAGUGACAUGCAUGGAUUAAUUGGUCCUUCUCAUAAUGGCGCAAUGGGAGGUCUUGGGUCAGGAUAUGGAACAGGCCUUUUGUCAGCAAACAGACACUCUUUAAUGGUUGGAACUCAUCGUGAAGAUGGUGUAGGUCUACGGGGAAAUCACUCACUUGUGCCAAAUCAGGUGUCUGUUCCACAGUUACCUGUCCAGUCUGCCACUUCGCCAGAUUUAAACCCUCCCCAAGAUCCAUAUCGGGGUAUGUCAUCUGGUCUACAAGGACAGAAUGUGUCUCCAGGUAGCUCCGAAAUCAAGUCCGACGAAGAAGGAGAUGAAAAUCUCCAAGAUUCUAAAUCGUCUGAUGACAAGAAAUUAGAUGAUGACAAGAAGGAUGUCAAAUCAAUUACGAGGUCAAGAUCUAGCAAUAACGAUGAUGAAGAUCUUACACCAGAGCAAAAAGCUGAACGGGAGAAAGAACGGAGGAUGGCAAAUAAUGCUCGAGAACGUCUCCGUGUGCGUGAUAUCAAUGAGGCUUUCAAGGAGUUGGGUCGAAUGGUACAGCUGCACCUGAAGAGUGAUAAACCUCAGACUAAGCUCCUAAUACUACAUCAGGCUGUAGCUGUCAUUCUCAGCUUAGAACAACAAGUUCGAGAGAGAAAUUUAAAUCCUAAAGCCGCCUGCCUGAAACGACGAGAAGAAGAAAAGGUUUCCUCCGAUCCUUCACCGUUAUCACUGGCUGGACCCCAUGGUGGCAUGGGAGAUGCUUCAAAUCAUUUGGGUCAAAUGUAAAAGGUUCCAGUUCUUUGCGUUUCUUCAUUCAGACAAGAAGCCACUUCUCCGACAGCUGUAUUAUCUUAAACACACACAAACAUUUCUCCUUUGCCCCCUUUUUGUAAAAUAAGACAAGUCUGAGUAGUUAUAUGCAUCACAGACGCAAGCGGUUUCACCAUUCCCGAAGCAAGCAAAAUGCAACCUACGGGGAACUCAUAACAUAUCAUUGAGAAUGUUCCAGAGUAGUAUGUUGCAAGCUGUUAAAAAGCAGCCCAGAGACUGAAUGGCAAACUUCUCCACACUGUGGAACAAUGCAUUUGUGCCUAAACUUCUUUGGGAGAAAAAAAAGCAUAAUUCAUUUCUAUGUCUGAAAAAAAAAACAUAUUUAAUUUAAAAUUGUAAACUUGCAAUAAUGAAGAAGUGUACUUCUGGGGGCAAAAAAAAAAAAAAAAAAGGCGAUUUUUGUUGGUGUCGUAUUCCGCUAGAGUUUAUUCCUUCUGGAUUGAUGGGAAGCUUUGCUGCCCAAAUACUUACAAAACCAGCAAAAUGUCCAAUUGCAAAUUUAAGUGAUGACAUUAGCCAUUCCUUAGGAUAGGAGAAACAGAUGGAUCUUAUAGAC